AUGGCAACUGUCGUGCUCGGAACUCAAUUCGGUGACGAGGGGAAGGGAAAACUCGUCGAUAUCCUCUGUUCAAAUGUCGACGUCUGCGCGAGGAGCGCAGGCGGGAACAACGCUGGUCAUACCAUCGUUGUCAAUGGAGUCACUUACGAUUUCCAUAUUCUACCCUCAGGCCUCGUCAACCCUAAAUGCCUCAAUAUUAUUGGGUCAGGUGUUGUCGUUCAUAUUCCCUCCUUCUUCCAUGAAUUGGACAAUAUCCAGAAGAAAGGCCUUGACACUACUAAUAGGAUAUUCGUCUCUGACCGUGCUCACCUUGUCUUCGAUCUUCACCAAUUGGUUGACGGACUUGAAGAGGUUGAGCUAGGUGCAAAAGGGAUUGGAACCACUAGAAAAGGGAUUGGGCCAACAUACUCUACCAAGGCUGCCAGGAGCGGCAUUCGUGUUUACGAACUUUUCCAUUGGGAGGAGUUUGAGAAGAAGCUAAGACUUCUCGCUGCAGGCUACAAGCGUCGCUUUGGCGACCUUCUCAAGUACGACGUCGAGGAGGAAUUGUCUCGGUACAAGAUUUACUACGAGACUCUCCGUCCAUACGUGGUUGAUGCCAUUGUGUUCAUCAAGAGCGCCUUCGAGACCAAUAAGCGGGUUCUCGUAGAGGGAGCCAAUGCACUUAUGCUUGAUAUCGAUUAUGGGACCUAUCCGUUUGUUACUAGUUCUAACACUGGUAUUGGCGGCGUUAUUACCGGAUUGGCCAUCUCGCCUUUUAAGAUCAAAAACAUUAUCGGUGUUGUCAAGGCUUAUACUACCAGAGUAGGGGCUGGUCCGUUCCCAACGGAGCAGUUGAACGGAACUGGUGAUCACCUUCAGAGUGUCGGUCGUGAAUUCGGUGUUACAACCGGAAGAAGACGUAGAUGCGGGUGGCUCGAUCUUGUGAUCGUAAAAUACUCCACCUCUGUUAACCAUUACACCAGCUUGAACUUGACCAAGCUUGACAUCUUGGAUGGUCUAAAAGAGAUCAAAGUUGCCGUCGGCUAUCGUGUAGACGGAGAGGAACUCGAAUCGUUCCCAGCCGACCUCACCAUUCUCGAGCGUGUGGAGCCGAUUUAUAGGAUCUUCCCGGGCUGGCCUACACCUACUGCCAAGGCUACCUCUUGGGAUCAGCUCCCCACCGAGGCUCGGGAAUAUGUUCAAUUCAUUGAGGGGUUCGUCGGGGUCAAGAUCGAGCAUAUUGGAGUCGGGCCUGGUCGCGAGCACAUGUGCACGAAAUAG